CUGGACUGGUGUUAUCUGCCAUGCCUCUUCUCACUCUGUCCGAGCCAUCAAUUUAACCCAAAUGGGUUUAGACGGCACCAUCUCUCCUGUGCUGGGGAACCUUUCCUCUCUUCGAUCUCUAGAUCUCUCCCACAAUUACCUCACUGGUACCGUACCACCUCAUCUCGGCCAACUCACAAAUCUGUGGAUACUCUGGCUGAACGACAAUCAAUUACGAGGAACCAUUCCACCCGCUCUCUCCGCUUGCCGCCGUUUGCGUUCAAUGAAACUCUUGUUUAACCGACUGCAUGGUAGCAUUCCGCCUGAGCUGAGUCGUCUCACAAGUUUGAAGUACCUCUACUUGGGCUUUAACAGUCUCACGGGUACCAUUCCGCCCUCUUUCAAAAAUAUAUCCGCCUUAGUUAAAUUACAUUUGCCCCAAAAUGAGCUCUACGGCCCCAUUCCUACUGAAUUGGGAAUGCUUGCUGACUUAGAGGUGCUUAGUUUAUGGGGAAAUCAUCUUAGUGGAAAAAUACAUAACUCCUUGGGAAAUUGUUCCCGUCUCAAACUACUUCUUUUAGGUAGAAACCAACUCGAUGGAACGGUUCCAAUGGAGCUGGGUAAGUUGAACCUUCUUACAAAACUUUACCUAAACACCAAUCAACUUGUUAGUGACAGCAAUAAUACAUUGGCCUUCCUCACUGCUCUCACAAAUUGCUCCAACUUGCAAACAUUAGAAAUGAGAAACAAUCAUUUCAUUGGUGUAUUGCCCUCUUCCAUAGGUCAAUUUUCUUCCAAUCUCAAUCUCUGGGCAUUACAAGGCAACAUGAUAAGCGGAAGCAUACCACAAGAGAUUGCCAAUCUGACAAAUUUAACCCUUUUACAUUUAGGCAAUAAUCUUUUGAGCGGCAAUGUUCCGUCUGCAUUUAAAAGGUUUCGUGAGUUGGAAAGAUUGUAUUUGGGUGGGAACAAGUUAGAAGGAAGCAUCCCAAGUGAGAUAGGUCAACUGCAACAUUUGGGACUCUUAGAUCUUAGUCACAACCAGCUAUCUGGAAAAAUACCAGAUUCCCUUUGUAGAUCCCAGCAGUUAAGAUAUCUUUUUCUUGAGCACAACAAUUUAUCGGAGAAUAUCCCUGUUAGUUUAGAGGGAUGUCAAAAGUUGGAGCUCCUUGACUUAUCUCACAAUAAACUAGGAGGAAGGAUACCUCAUGAAGUCAUUGCCAGCCUUAAAAACCUGCAAUUCUACCUCAAUCUUUCGUGGAAUUCUCUGGAAGGGUCCUUGCCACAGGAGAUGAGUAAAAUAGUAAUGGCUCAAGCCAUAGAUGUAUCUGGAAAUCGGCUUAAUGGGGCCAUUCCAAUUUCUUUGGGAGAAUGCACAGCAUUAGAGCGCCUAAAUCUGUCCCACAAUACCUUUGAAGGUCCAAUACCAGGUUCAUUCUCCAAAUUAAAAAAUCUCGAAGAAAUGGAUCUUUCUUUCAAUAAUUUGUCAGGGCCGAUUCCAGAAGCAGUGUUGUUUCCAAAUAGAGCUGUUAUAGCAUUGUUUAUGGGGAACCCUGGCUUAUGUGGCCCUAAAAACUAUUCAUUGCCUCCAUGCUCAAAUCAAACCCAAGAAGAACAUUCCCUGCUCAGAAAAAUAGCCUUAUCUGCCGCUGGAACCAUUGCAUUUGUAGUAUGCUUCUUCAUUAUAAGAAUUUUAUGGAGGUAUAAGCUUUCAAGCCAAUUAGUCCGUACCUCAAGCUUUACUUUUCAAAGGCUAAGCUAUCAAAAAUUUUCUUAUCAAGAUCUUGUCAUUGCAACAGCUGGAUUUGAUGAGUCAAACUUGCUUGGAGUGGGUAAGUUUGGAUCUGUCUACAAAGGCAUAUUGAGGAAUGGUGAGGUAAUUGCCAUUAAAACUCUUAAUUUGCAAAAUGAAGAAGCUAUUAAGAGUUUUAAGAGAGAGUGUGAAUUCUUAGGGAGAAUUCGGCACCGUAACCUCAUCGGAAUCAUAAGUGCUUUUUUCUACCCUGAAUCCAAAGGUUUUGUUCUUCAAUUUGCAUUGAAUGGAAGCUUGGAAAAAUAUUUGCACCGUGACAGGGAUGAUAAAGGCUUUUGCAAAGUGGGAUUGAGGGAGUAUUUGAGCAUUGCUGUAGAUGUAGCCCAUGGCAUGGAAUAUUUACAUCAUGAUUGUCCUCUACAAAUUGUGCACUGUGAUUUAAAACCUAGCAAUGUGCUCUUGGAUGCCAACAUGACAGCCCUUAUCACUGAUUUUGGUAUAUCCCGUUUAACUAGUGCAAAUUCCAUGGAUUCACUGAGUACAACAACAAUUGCACUCAAAGGAUCUAUUGGAUAUAUUGCUCCAGAGUAUGGAUUGGGUGGGGGUGUUUCUGUAAAGGGAGAUGUUUAUAGUUUCGGGAUUCUGAUAUUAGAGAUGAUUACAAGGAAGAGGCCAAGUGAUGACAUGUUUGUGGGAGACAUGAGCUUGCAAAAGUGGGUGAGAUCAGCUUUUCCAAACAGACUGGUAGAAAUUGUUGGUAGCGAGCUGUUGAGAGAUGUGAAUGAAAGCAUGGAGGACAAUAAAUGUCUCAUUUCUUUCAUUCAUGUUGGUUUGCUUUGUAGCAGUGAAUUACCGGGAGAACGACCUUUCAUGAGAGAUGUAGCCAAAGCCUUGGAGAACCUGAAGACAAGUUUGAUGGGAUGUGCAACUGCUUCCAAUUUAACAGCUACCAUAUCAGAACUCCUGAACAAGACCAAUCCCACUGAAACAAAGGCAUCUGACAGUCAAAGUUCUACAUUUUAGAUGUUUAUAGCUUCCGUUAAGAAGUUUCUGUCCUUUAUGUUUAAUAGUUUCCAUCUUCUUUCGUGUAUAAUCCACUUCUGUAAGUUGUUCCAAUUCAUGUGUUUAUAUUAAACAAGUUUGAGAAAG